GUGACAACUUAACGGCGUCUUAUUGAAGUAUAGAAAGAAACGCAUCGUGGUAUAAGCGGAGGAGGAUGAAAUUCAGCGGAGACGCCAUCCAGCUCGAUACGUUCCCGCUCGGAUUCGAUCGCCGGUCGACGACUGGCUUCAUAAAUCCCUCUUGUUAUUGUGUGUAACCUAUCAUUCCUACUUUUCUCCUUUUCCGUGGAAGCCGUCUUCGUGAUAUCUGUUUCUCGCUCAAGUUCUGCCAACUAGACGGGGUGCCGAGCUUAGAAUUCAGGUUUAGCAGGAUAAAGGAAUCUUGGUGUCUUGUUGUUCAGAUGGCCAGUCUUGACAGCGAGGCAGAUGCCUGGAUAAAUGAACUUAAAUCUGGUGGUUCAGUUACACUUUUAGAUCCAGAAAACUGCCCAUAUGGUUGGGCUACUCCUCCUGGGGAUAAAUUCAUGGUAAGAGGUCCCGAUUAUCUCCAAAGCAAAGAGAAAAUUCCCGCCGGUGAAUUCCUCUUAAAACCUCUUGGAUUCGAUUGGAUCAAAGGUCCCAAAAAAAUUUGCGAGGUUUUGAACCAUCCACACCAUCGAGUGACAAAAGCUAUCAACAAAGCUGUUAGCAGCGGCUCCAAUCCUUUUGUUUGGGCUUUCAAUCUUCAGCUCCCAAGCAAGGAUAACUACAGUGCUAUCGCAUACUUCAUCGCCACUGAACCCAUCCAAGAUGGAUCUUUAAUGGACAUAUUCGUUAACGGCGACGAUACAUUUCGAAACUCGCGGCUAAAAUUGAUUGCCAAUAUCGUGAAGGGACCUUGGAUUGUUAAAACUGCUGUUGGUGAUCAGGCGAUUUGUAUUCUCGGGCGAGCUGUUUCCUGUAAGUAUUUUCGCGGACCAAAUUUUAUCGAAGUUGAUGUGGACAUCGGAGUUUCCGUCGUCGCCAACGCAAUCGUUCACUUAGCGUUUGGCUACAUCAGAACAUUAACGGUUGAUUUAGCGUUUCUCAUUGAAAGCCAAACCGUGUCAGAGCUACCUGAAAGAAUUCUUGGAGCGGUGAGGUUUUCGGAGCUUAAUCCAGAUUCGGCUUCGCUCUAUGAGCUCCCUUCGGAUGAAAAUCCUUCGAAUCUCCAAUCUUCGUUGCCAUCUAGAUUAUGGAGAUCUAUCGGGCAAGGUUUCUCGCAGCUAUUGUACCACGGAAACCAGGAUUUGCCAGUAUCUUCGUCCGAAAAUAGUAAUGGUAGUCUUCACAGUACAAAUGGUGAAGCGAUUGUGGAUAAAUGAUUUUUUGCCAUUGCCAUCUGCCACCGAAUCAAACCGUGCUGGCAGGAUCAAACAAAGUAUGACUCUUAUUCAUUAUUUCCUGAGAUAGAUGUAUCAUUUCUAAGAUUUACAUUUAUAAAAAUUUUAUUAUUUAAAUUGUUUACUAAAAAACUUUGUUAUGUCAGCUCCUUGUGUGC